CAACCAUCGCUGCCAUGUCGGUGGCUGUCACAAGCCCUGCCUGCCGCCCUGCACUCCAUGAACUGUCAGACUGCAGUCCACCCGUACAUCCUGCCUGCUGACACCGGGUGUCGCUGUCUGUGGCACUAGAGGCUGCGACUGUCAGCGUUUGAGUCAUGGGCGGAAUGGAUUCACAAAAGGAGGAAGGAAGCUGCUGCACUCAGUCAGCUGAUGUCCUGCGCGCUAUCGAGGACGACUUCUGGCGCUGGCGCAUGCGCGAUGCUCCGGAGUUCGCCUCCUCCGUGGGCGACUGCAACCACAGCGACAUCCUCGAGUCCUUCACCCCGUCGGUCUUCCAGGCUCGCAAGGUCCAAGUCCAAAGCUACCUGGACAAGCUUCAAGGUGUGGACAAGAGCCAGCUGACCCAGACUCAGAUUCUUGACCUGGACAUCUUCACAGAUCAUCUGCAAACAUACAAAGAAGGCGCAGUCUUCGACAUGUAUCAAAGCAUGAACCCUGUCAACUUCCUGGAGUCGGUGAACGCCGAUCCUGGGAGGUUACAGGUCAUCGCGCCCUUCUCAUGCUUCAACGACUUCGUCAGCUACCUGGAGAGGCUGAGGCUGUUACCCACACAGAUUGACGAAAAAAUUGCUUUGAUGAAGCAGGCUGUGGCCCUGGGAAACACGUUAAACAAAGUGUCCGUGGUGAGUGUCCCGGCUCAGAUCCACAGGUUGGUGUCUGUCAACAAUCAACAGUCGCCAUUCUUCGUGCCGGCCUUCACCACCAGGCUCCAGGCGCUGCCAUUGCCAGAGUCGCACAGGGAGGAACUACGUGCCAAAGCGGAGGAUGCCGUGGUCAGCAUCAAGAAAGCCUUGGUCCGCCUGGCCACCUUCCUGGAGCAGGACUACUUGCCGGCCACCCGGCCUACGUGUGGGGUGCACGGGUGGCGCGAGGGCAAGCGGCUGUACGAGCAGUGCCUCCGCUACCACACCAGCACCAACAUGACCCCGCACCAGGUUCACGACCUCGGCCUCCAGGAAAUAUCGCGAAUUGAGGCCAACAUGAAAGCUGUUCUGCAGAGACUUGGCUUUGAGGGCACCAUCAGGCAGUUCUGUGACAGUCUUCGAGGACAUCCAAAUUAUCGAAAGAAAACCCCAGAAGACCUGUUGGCCACGUUUACAGACUACAUCUUUAAUGUCAUCUACCCUAAGCUUCCUCUGCUGUUUAAGGACAUACCAAACUUACCUCUCAGGGUAGUCGCCAUGCCGUACGACGGCCCGCUGGGAGAGUACCUGGGGGGAACGCCGGACGGCAAGACGCCGGGUACAUUCUACGCCAACGUCACGCACCCGGAAAAAAGCCCCACUAUCAACAUCAUGGCCUUGGUUCUUCAUGAAACUGUUCCAGGCCACCAUUUACAGAGCAUCUACUCCAUGUCUGCCAAUCUACCUCCCUACCGAGCGUUUGUUGAGGACAGCAACUACCACAGGAUGCCAGCAACAUUCCCCAUCAACACAGCCUACCUUGAGGGCUGGGCGCUGUACAGUGAAUACCUUGGCGAGGAGAUGGGCGUGUACACUGAUGACUACAUGCUGAUGGGUCGGUACUCAGAAGAACUGUUCCGCGCGUGCAGGCUGGUGGUGGACACUGGACUCCAUUACUUCGAGUGGGAGCGCGAGCGAGCAAUCCAGUUCCUGAUGAACAACACUGGCGAGUCACGUGACUCCAUCGCACCGGAAGUUGACCGUUACCUGACAUGGCCGGGCCAGGCCACAGCCUACAAGAUUGGCGAGAUCAAGCUGAAGGAACUGAGACAGAAGGCCACUGAUGCUUUAGGUGACCGUUUCGACAUUCGUGACUUUCAUUCAGUCAUUCUACAAAAUGGCGGAAUGUCUCUCAGUCUUCUUGAGCGUCUUGUUGACACCUGGAUCGCCUCCCACCUGUACAACGUGUCUUCUUCGGGGGAAGGUGAAUGCAGCUCCCCCAGUCAGGGGGAAGGUGAAUGCAGCACCCCCAGUCAGUGAUGGAGGUGGUCAUCCCUCCCCCAUUGCAAUACAUUGCUCAGCCAUGUGAGAAACUGAUGUCGUCACCACCCGAGUCUUUCUACACAAAGUUGUGUAUGCCACGUCACCUCAUCUCAGAACAGAAUCACUGUCCACACAUUCGAGUCUUCCCUGUGCUGUUGCUACCUUGUUUUAAAGGGGUGGGUUGUAUGUAAUACGCACCCGAACACUUUAUAAUUUAACUCCUGAGAAUGGUGCUUGCUUUAAUUAUUGCUUUUGUUUUAUUUCACUUUGUCAUUUUUUAUCUUGUCUAUGACCCAUUAUCCCCCCAAAAAAAAUUCUUAAUCGUUCGCUAAAUUAUAUUUGUACAGGUUUAGGGUGUCUAAUAGGGUUAUAUCAUGUUCACCCCAUUACAGUAACUCUACUUUCUGUCAAGAGGAUGUGUCACCAAUACACCGAAGGUUGGCUGUCGUGGGUUCAGCUCUCGUAUCGGGCAACCUGUUUCUUCUCUGCAUGUGGCAUCUUUUUACAGGGCUGGCUGUCUUGCCAUGACAUCACCUUGGCUGCUGGCUCGGCGUAAAACACUCAUUCUACUCACACACACCCCCCCCCCCCAUGCUGCUGUUAAAGGGAGGGUGUGCCAAUUAGCGGGCGCAUUGCCCUUUGUGACCUUUCCAUCAUAGUCUUGUAUAUGGGUGACUGCCUGCCUUCAGCCUGGUGAGACUUCAGAAGAACCACCUGCUCAGUUGUAGUCUGAAGUGGUUUGUUGAUGUGUAAAUACACAACAGCCCCUCAGCUUGCCCAAUGCACGGGGAUCGUCUGAGUUCCACGGAUGAAGUGUUGCCGUCCUCCAAAUGUCACCUCUGUCUCUCUGAGACCCCGAGUUGCCAGACAAGCUUCAGGUUGAACAGAAGACAGACUGGUCUUUGUGAGUGAAGACAACUCCAACUUCCGGUUCAACGCUGGUUGUCUGCCCCAGUCUGACUAUAAGAGACCUCUCUACAUUUGUACACAUAGCAACAGUGAGCCUCACCUCUGUCCCACUCAGGUACCCACCUUGCGUGGGCAGCACCAUUUUUUUCUAAGAAUGUAAGAAAUCGUUCUCAGGAAUGUCGUUUGAUGCCAUCAGUAUUCACAGAAAUCACAAAUACAGUAUUUGAUGUGAAAAUAACUUUUCCUAUUUUCAACCUUUAUUAUUUUCAGUGCAACAUCUGUGCGUCUGUGAUAAUGU